UAGUUCGCACGCAGGGGUGCAGAGUAGGGGGUAAUACUUUAUAAUUCCAUACUCCAAGCGGCCCAUCUUUGUCUGCAUCUUUAGGAAUAUUGUCCAGAGGAUACUGUGUUUUCAACAUUCCCUUUUUGUUGGAAAUGUAAAUUCUGGAUGUUGCCUAGGUUUUGAUCGCUGAUCGUAAACGAUCUCGAUGUAAGAAGUCAAAGUUUGCAUGGAGUUGGUAAGCAUUGACCUCCAAAUUGGAUUUUGAUAAUUCAUCAGCGUCAGCAUUAGCGGACUGCAGAAGCAUCCCACCUUUAUAUUAUUCGAGAGAACCAUUGUGACGUAUUUCUGAACGUGGGGAUUAUAAACUGGAUAAAGUGAGCCGCUAACUUGGGAGCCGAUCGUCGCGCCAUCGUCAACUAGUGAUGUUGCUGGUGUGUUGGCCCGGGAACAUAAAUUUGAGGUUUGACGCCCCACGGACUAAUUUGGUAGCCGGUGCAAAACAAGUUUGUUGUCGAAAGUGAAUUUGUGUCACAUUAAUCAACUUUCGAGAAGGAGAUUGAUUCGUGAAACAUUUUUCUAUCGUUCUUCAAGAACUUCCUGAAAAGAGCUGUAUAGACGUAUCGACCAAAAUAGUUUCACCGAAGUGACCAAACCACUUUCGUUUAUUGAACCUUUUUACAACUCGUUUUUAUUCAUUUUUUAUAAAAAAAAGGAUUGCGCCAGUUUAAAAUUACGUGCCAUCUCACCUACAUAAAGAGGAGAGGAUAGACAGAUGAAGCAGAAAAAAUAACAAUCCUCAUCGAUUGGAUUUUAAUUUGAUUCGAGAGGUUGGAAGAGGGAAAUCUAGCGAGCACGUGUCGAUGUUUGCUCAUUGAUUUUUUUAUACCAUUCUGACACUUGACAAACACAACAAUGCCGGAGCCGGAAGAGGAAUAUUACGAAGAUGACGAGGAAUACGAAGACGACGACGAUGAGGAGGAAGAGGAGGAGGAGGAGGAAGAAGAAGGAUCAAGGCACGGAUCUGGGAAGUCGUCUGGAAGUGGAAGAGGCAAGAAGAAGAAGAAUGGGAUUACCAUGGGAGACAUGGAAGUGGUAUUCACGGAGGAGGUCAACAAGAAGUACAUAUGCACGGUUUGCCAACAGAUACUUCGAUACCCGGUACAGUUUGAGGAGUGUGGUCACCGAUGCUGCUCGUCAUGUCUCCCUGAGCUACUAAGAGUGUCGCCAAGAUGCCCAUUAGAUCAGUCUCCAGUAGCAAGGGAUAAGGUUUACGUUGAUACAGCGUUUGGAAACGAGAUCGGUGAACUUAGUGUAAAAUGCCCCAACUACGACAAGGGGUGCCCCUGGACAGGGGUACUCAAGGAAAACAAGGAUCACUUUGCAAAGUGUAUGUACGUAGAGGUGGAGUGUCCCAACGUAUGUGGGGCCCACUUCGACAAGAGGUUCCUGGAGACGCAUCUGGAGGACGACUGUACCAAACGAAUGGUCCAGUGCGAAUUCUGCCAAAAGAAGAUCUUCUUCAAAGACGAGAUUGCUCACAUGAACGCCUGCCAAAACUUCCCCGUACCAUGUCCCAACGGCUGCAAGCUUACAGAGAUCCCACGCGGAGAGGUAAAAGCACACGUCGACAAAGAUUGUCCCAAAUCAAAGAUUCCUUGUCCAUUUAGUGAUUUUGGUUGUCCUUACAAGUGUGAACGACAGAGGAUGCAGAAGCACAUCAAUGAUGAGCCAACCGAACAUCUUACAUUUGUUGGAAAUACCAUGCUAAAGAAUAACGAACAACUGCAAAAACAUAACGAACUUCUCAUGGAACAUAAGGACUCUCUCGGAGUAUGCAUGCAGAAGGUUCGAGAUCUUGAGAAGCUGUAUGGGUCCCAGCUGGUCUGGAAGAUUGACAAGUAUGCUGAGAGGAUGCAGGAAGCCAAGCAAGGCAAGAAGGUCACCAUCUUCAGUCCACCAUUCCUGACAAGCCGACAUGGCUACAGACUCUCUGUGUCUUGCUGUCUAAACGGAGAUGGAAAAGCCAAGAGUCACUUCAUGUCCAUCUUUGUGUGUAUAAACCGCGGGGAGUACGACGCCCUCCUUCCAUGGCCGUUCUCCCAUCGGAUCACCUUCACCCUCAUCGACCAGUGCCAGGACCCGACUGCCCGUCGGAACAUCUCCUACAACAUCAAACCAAACCCCUGCAAGGAGAACAAAGCUUUCCUGGGGCGCCCUCUGGGUGAGCGCAACGCCAGCUUUGGCACUCAGAAGUUCGUACCCCUCAACAUGAUCAAGACCUUGGAUUACAUCCGUGACGACACCAUGUUCAUCAAGGUCCAGGUUGACUAUGAUAAUAUGAUUCUACUCUAACACUGUCAUUUAUCAAAGCCAAACAACAUAUCCGUAGACUAAACAUUCUCAGCAUGAUAAAGAGGACGUGAUAUUUCAGAAGGUUGAACUGUCGCCGGUUUGUUUCUCGAUGAACUAUUACCCUUUGGUAAGGUUUUAUCCUUAUCACCAUGUCCGUAGGAGAAGACCUAAGACCGUCGGUCUUCUGUUUUCUAAUAAGCACCCAUGCUGUUUUCGCAAUCAGGUGAAAAUUACAACAGGCACCAUCACAAGUCCCGAGAUUACGUCGGGGAUAAUAUUCAUCAGAGUCCGGUGAAUUAUGGCAACCUGGACAGUGAUUCUACUUUAUCAUGUCUCAAUUUACUAUCAUCAAUGAACCCAUUAUGAUAGUGUUGUAUCUAAUACUUAUUUCUACUCAACAUGAUCUGGUCAAGUUCCUGGAGGAUAUCCCGACGGAUAUACGAUAUUUUUUUCAAUAAAUGCAGCCUUUCUUCAAUAUCAGCUCAUACAUUUGAUUGCGAAACUGUCUAAACGAAAUGGAAUGAAUUUGUGAAAGUAAUCUAUGCAAAACUAGAAAGUAAAAUCCUCAAUGAAUACAAUUCGAUGGUACAUGCAUGUUUUUAGAAUUACAUUUCGAUGUAAUAAUUACAUACCGGGCAAUGAAAAUAAUGCUGUAAAGUGUUUUGAGCCGUUAUGGGAAAGCGGUAUAUAAAAACUAGCUGCUACUACUUCUACUACUAGCUACUUUGUCAUCAUUCCACAGAGAGCAAGACCUCUGAAAGACUGCUGUAAGUUCAUGAAACUUGCUUGAUCUUUCAAGGGUCUUUCAACGAACUUUCAAAGAUCUCCGAGGUCUUUCGCGAUUCCUGAUGGAUUUUCCAGUGGUCUUCGUGGUCCUCUUGAGUCCCAAAACUUUUUGAAACGGUUCAAAACAGUCUUUCAGCGGUCUUACACGAAAUUUGUCUUUUGAUGGUCUUUCAGCUGUCUUUCAGUGGUCUUUCAAUGAACUUUCAAAGCUCUUAUUAGUCUUUCCAUGAUCUUUCGGCAGUCUCUCAAGAUUUUUGCGGAGAUCACUGUAAGACUUGAAAGGUCAGUGAAAGAUCAUUGGAAGACCAGACAAAGUCCACGGAAAGAAUUCUGAAAGAUCACUUGUUGCAUAAAAGAUCUCUGAAAGACCAUUGAAAGAUCUCUAUAGGAUUAGUCUAAGAUUAGAGAUAAGAAAUAUCCUUCAGUCUUUCAGAGUUCGUUGAGGGGCCUUUCUGAGCCAUUCCAUGGAGAUGACAAAUUUCGGUGAUCUUGGAGACUGCUGAAAGACCUUGCAAAUUUUGGGUCUUUGAAGGGUCCUUCAAAGGUCUCCCCUCUUUGGAAUGGGUGUCUGUAUGCAUUUGUGUGUUCUCAAUAUUUACAAAGGUUUGGCAUUAUCUGCAUGUGUAAGCAAUUAUAUAACAUGUAUAUUUACGAUAUUGCUUUUAUAUAGAGCUGAGUACAUCAUUGAUGUAGUAUUACAAAAAAAAAUCUAUAAACAAAAAAUGAUGUGCAUGGGUAGAAACAUGCGUUAUUGAUAAUAUAACACCAUAGUAACAUUGAUUAAUAUAACUUAGUUCAUGCUAUGUUUCAAUAAAUAGCAAAUUGAAUUGUAUUGUAUUACAAUUGUCCUCCCUUGCAGCCGCCGUUGCUUGUAUAUAGUGUCGGAUAAAUUAGUUUUUAUUACAGAGUGUGCCAAGAAAUUGUAAAAACAAGUAUAAUAACAAUAUAAUUUUACUCCUUGAUAAUGACGUAAUAUCCUUAUGUGUAAUUAGCUCAGAAUUCUUUCCCUUUGUUCAAUCACUUGUAAUCUACGAUCAAUGUAUCAUAAUAUAUAUAUUAUAAAAUGGUAAUUUCUAGCAAAAUCAAUAUUCAAAACUCUGUUGAAUAUUUCAGGAUAUCAUUAAUCUUAUCCAUGAUAUAAUUUUGCACGUUAGUAUCAACAGAAAAUUGAGGAUUUAAAAACAUUAGUGCUACACUUGGCUGUCGAAAUCGUCUUAGAAAUUCCUUAAAACGAAAGUAGAUGUACCAAUAUAAUUGGUGAGUGAAAUAAUUACGGCCUCAGUUACACAAUUCAUGAUGAAAAAGAUAUAUAUAUAUAUAUAUAUAUAUAUGGAGUUAUUUUUUUUUUCAUAACAACCAUGCAAAAUAAAUUGUGUACAUUCAGUAAUAUGUUGAUAUAAUACAAAUGUGUUAUAAUUUUUUUAGUUUCAUGCGUCAGUUUAGGACGACUCUUUUCUCGUUCAGGUAUAGUAAUUUGUCUAUGCAUAAUUAUUAUAUAUGAUGAAAUAGCCAGCUAUCCUAAUUUGAUGUGUUUAUUUUACAGUAAUAAAAUGUACAGAGAC